CCGACUCCCCCUACUACUUAAGUUGUACUAAGUACUACCCCCAUCCUUUGAUGCUGAGCAGAGCAGACAUUAGAGCCUACCCAUCCCUCAAAACAAAUACUCGUCCUUAGCCUACCGCUCACCCCCUCAGAGAGAUGCCUCUGCCUCUGUCUUCUGGCCUCUCUUUCUUCUUCUUCUUCAUCUUCUUCUCUGUUCUCUAAUGGAAGCAAAGAUCUGAAUAGGAGUGGUGGUGUUUUUUCUUUUUUGGUGGAACAAAUGGCUUUCAAUCAUCAACACUCUUCAUUUGUUCUCGAUGCUCUUUAUUGUUCAGAAGAAAACUGGGAGGAGGAUCAAGAUGAGCGUUGCUUCAAUAAUGGGAUUAAUGAUAAUGAUAAUCAAUUAAACCCUUUUCCGAUCUUGUUAGAACAAGAUUUGUUCUGGGAAGAUGAUGAGCUUUCUUCUUUAUUUACAAAGGAAGAACGGAAUCAACUGUACGAUAGUCUUCAAACCAAUGGGAAUCUAGCUGGGGCUCGCCGUGAAGCUGUGGAGUGGGUGUUGAAAGUCAGUGCUCACUAUUCCUUCUCUGCUCUCACUGCUCUUCUAGCUGUCAACUAUCUCGAUAGGUUCUUGUUCAGCUUCCGGUUCCAAAGUGAGAAGCCAUGGAUGACUCAACUAGCUGCUGUUGCUUGUCUUUCUCUUGCAGCCAAAGUGGAGGAAACCCAAGUGCCUCUCCUACUGGAUUUACAAGUGGAGGAGACCAGAUAUGUGUUUGAGGCCAAAACUAUCCAAAGAAUGGAGAUUUUGGUGCUCUCUUCCGUUCAAUGGAAGAUGAACCCUGUUACCCCAUUUUCAUUCCUUGAUUACAUUACCAGGAGGCUUGGAUUAAAGGACCAUCUCUGCUGGGAAUUUCUUAGGAGAUGCCACCGCAUUCUGCUCUCUCUCAUUGCAGAUUCUAGGUUCAUGUGCUACCUUCCUUCUGUAAUGGCCACUGCUACAAUGCUGCAUGUUGUGGAUAGUGUAGAGCCUAAUCUUAGAGUAGAAUACCACAACCAGCUAUUAGGCAUCCUGGGAAUUGACAAGGAGAAGGUAAAUGAAUGCUGUGAGUUGAUAAUGGAAUGGGCAACAAGAGUAGAAGGCAACCAAUCAAACAAGCGCAGGUUUAGUUCCAUCCCAGGGAGCCCAAAUGGGGUAAUGGAUGUCUCGUUUAGUUCCGAUAGCUCAAACGAUUCCUGGGCUGUGGCAUCAUCCGCAUCAGUGUCUUCAUCACCUGAGCCUAUGUCCAAGAAGACCAGAACUCAACAAGACCAGCUUCCGGAAAGGCUAUCCCACCAUGCUCCUUCAGAUUUUCUCACCAUUCCUCACUGAAUUCCCUCUUUUCAAUUUUAGACUACAAAAAUAAUUAGUCCUUGUAAUAAUAUUGCUGUUCUUUUUCCAUGAUGCAAAGUUAAAUUGCUUACCAUCUCUGCAUCUUGAAUCGAUUGGUGAGGAAAUCUAGAAUCAGAGAUGGUUCGCAUUUUAUCCGGAAAUUAAAUCGAGUAAAAAAAACCAAACAAAUAUGAAAUGCAGAGUCCAUGCAUUAAUGCUUAGGCUUUUUUUCUUGUUCUA